UUAAUAUCUUCCUGUGUCUCUUUGGCGUAUUGACCCCUCCAAAGACUCCAUCCUCUUCGGACCACAAGACAAGGGUAAGGGUAGCUCUUCAAAGUGGACGCAGCAGCAAAGAAGGAAUAAUAAAGAAAGAUGAAAAAGCUCAUCAGCUCAGGGAGAAAAUUUAUCUGAUAUAUCAAGAAGCUGGAAUCCUGCAGAAAACGGUUCCCCAAUUGCCAUAACAGCAAUAUUACCGUUUCUUUUCUUGCUUUUCUCCUUAUCUUUGAGACAAAGAAGAUGCUCUUUCUGUGUCUUUUUCUAGUUGGAAUCUUUACAACAUUUCUUUGAACUCAAAAGAAACCUCUACAUUUCUGUUUCUGCCUCGAUUCAAACACACAAAUCCCUUCAAAACCUCUGGCCGUUAGUGGUUAAAGAAAAGACAAAGGAAAACUCCUCAACUGUGUUACCAAGAAUAUGCAUCCUCGUCUGCUCGAUGGAGAGCUAAGCGUGGCACCCGCCAAUGAGAACAGAACACGAGAUUCUUACAUUAGCGAUACCAAUUUCGACGCGAGCACGGUGAUUAUAUUGGCCGCUUUAUUGUGUGCGCUGAUUGGUGCUUUAGGAUUGAACUCUAUUGUGCGUUGCGCUUUGCGCUGUAGCAGAAAUUUUAAUCUCGAGACGCCAGAGCAAGCCGCAGCUCGUUUGGCUGCCACAGGGCUUAAGAAACGGGAUUUGCGCCAGAUUCCAGUGGCAGUUUAUGGGACCGGGGUGAAUAUUCCGGCAACGGAGUGCCCAAUUUGCUUAGGGGAGUUCGCUAAUGGAGAAAAAAUUCGGGUGCUUCCUAAAUGCAAUCAUGGAUUCCAUGUGAGUUGCAUAGACACAUGGCUUUUGUCACACUCCUCCUGCCCCAAUUGCCGGCUCUCGUUGCUUGAACACACGACGGGCGGUUCAGGUGCAGCUCCACAACAACAGAAUGCAGCAUGGGCGCCGGAGAAUGAUCGCCGACGACAAGCUAAUGUUGUUGUCGUUGUUGAAUAAGCAAAUUGAUAUUUGUGGGUUGUAGAAAGAUGCGGUAAUUGCGGUGGUGGAGGAUGGAAAUGGAAAUGUUUCUAUUUUAGAAGUUAUUUGUGUAAUUUACAGGCGAAAUUGCAAAUUAAGGAGAGUUUUAUUUUGGACGGUUGAGAAUUGAGAUACAAAUUGUCAAA